AUGAGCGAAAGAGCCGAGAGACUGACGACAAAGCUGAAGAAAGAGUUUGGCAGUAUACCAGAAUGGGAAGCUGAGUUCACACAGAGCUGUCUCCAAGCAGGCGAUUCGGACUGGGACAUUACUCGGAAGUAUCAUCUAACAGUGCACGACUACAACAAGAACCGUCCGCUUGCUCGCGUGCUACAUCGCAUGUGCAAAGAAGAAAUCGGAGAAUGUCAAGAAAUUACGGAGGAAAUGAUCUGGAAGUGGUUCGCGUUGGACAACUGGACUGAUCUCCAAGUAAAAGCGAAAUACCGACAGGAGUUCGAUAAGGCGCAACCCGAAGUACGUCGAGCGAAGAAACUAUUGGCCGAGAUGAGACGCGAUCUAGGAGACUGCCAUUUGGUCGGCGAUACACACGUACGCGAAUGGAUGAAGCAUGAUUUGAGAGAGGAUCACAUCAGACGUAAAUAUGAGGAUUACAUGAGGGAGGCUCGGUUGGCGAAUCGAGCAGCGGUCUUAAGGUAUCGUCUAGAAGAUGAGGUGCCUGGCAAUUUUGCCGUAUCAGAUGCUGAGUUACUGGAGAGGUGUCGUGACAAUCCAGACGACAACGCCCUUGCGGACGCCUAUUCGUUCAAAUUCGACACUGAUCAGGGUGGAACUGUAGGAGAAGAUGCAGGUGGUGUACAGGAGGAUACUGCUGAGGAGGGUAAAUCAGAGUAG